AUGUCCGAAGAGCCUAGGUUUGCAAACAUCUACGGCCACGUCCCGGCAACAACGGACGAGUACCUGAAGAGCGCCUUCAACUACCUCCCAUACGCACUUGCCCUUCCUUUCGUCCCUGCCGGGCUCUACACCGUUGCUCGAGCUUUGUACGACUUCCACAGUACCCACAAAAUUCUCUACACCUUCGUGGGAACUCACCGCGCGAGGCUCUGCUCGGGUUAUCCUAUCGGUCUCCUCCGUAUCGAAGGUCCGCUAACCAAGAUCUUGACCGGCGUCGGGGCUCCCCCGGAACUGCUGCUCAAGGAGGAGGGAGAGCAGACGAACAUGGGAGCACACUACUCACCCCAGCUUUUCCUCGGACUGCACAUUUGGGCUCGCAAGAUGAUGGUUGAACUCCAUGCGGCGCGGAAGGAGAGUCGCCCGCCUCGCUGCAUGCUGUAUACCGGCGAGAUCAUGGACAUCCAGGAGUGGCUGCAGUGUCCUCCUGCUCUGCCGUACUGCAUGGUGAGCCCAACGCAUCCCUACUCUAACUCACUCACCAAGUUGCCCGAGGCAUAUGAGGAGCUCGGGCCCGUCCUUCGAGGUCGGACGUUCAAGAAUCUUGGCCAACUCAUAGACGCCAUCAAUGAAGCCAAGAUUGACAUGGGUACUGAUGGUCAGCGGUUCCAACUUUGGGCUCACGGGCCUCGCGACACCUGCAACCAUGAACGAGUCGUGUGGUCCGGCGAGCGGCGGUUUGGUGCCCGUACUGAGCGCCGCUUUGGCAUUCACUGGGCGGACGUCCUGGUCGGUAACAUCAAGGUCGAGCACGCUGGGUGCGUCCCGAGCAGCGUCAAGGCGGUGCACUUUCCCGAUCCCAGCUUGGUCUUCCUCAUGAAGGAGCAUCUGGCACGUGAAGAGAAGGAGGACGAGGGCAGGCAAGAGUUAGGCGGCAACGCAGCAGCCCCUUUGACGGAGCAUGAGAUUGGUGGAGGUACGCAUGUUUAG